AAAAGUGGCUAAAAGUUAAAAGAGAGUCGCUCGCUGCUGGUAAGAAUUCUGCAACUCCGGAGCUGACGAGCGCUAAGUUAUCAGAGAGGACAGAGUGAGAGAAAGGCAGGGAGAAAUAGAGGAGAAAGAGGCAGAAAAGCCCUAGGCCUAUCUUCUUCCUCGCUCAACCGCUCUCUCUGGCUCUCGACAUGGAAGAACUGAGUAGCACGCGGCAUUGGGGGAAGAAGCCGCAUGGGUCCGCAGUGUUUGCAAGGUCUACCUACGAUGAUUUCUUCGGGGGACAGCCGAGGCACACGACGCCCUUUCCGGCGCGGUUUGAGGAUUAUUGUGAGAUCUUCGGCAGCGCCGCUUCCGUUUCCUCAAUCCCAAUGCUUGACCUUCCCCCAGCAGACGACGACUUCGCUGCUUCCGGCGACGGCGACCGAAGAGUUAGAGUCGACUAUUCCGAGAUUUUUGGGGGACUUAGCGGAGACUGCUUCACGGUUUCGUACGAGGAGCUGUUUGGCGGCUCAAACGGAUCCGGGGUCUCUUCUUUGGACGGGAGGGUUCGAUGGGGUGUGUUGUCCGGAGAACAGGCUAAUGAAGCUUCAGAACACUUGCUAGAAGGAUAUUCCAAGGAUCACUUAUCAAAUUUGGAGAUUGGCGAGGUUGCUUCAGUUCCUAACCAUUCAGAUGAUGUAAGUUCGAAGCAAUUCAGCAUGUCUUACCACAAAACAAGCUGGGGAAUCACAGAUGAUUUAAUUAGUGAGAAAACUAGUCCAGCUAAAUUUGAUGCUCUUCCUGAAUUUACAGCUGUGAUUGAUGCAUGCGAUCCUGUUCUUGAGAAGAAAACUCAAAAAGUUAACGAAGGAACCACCAACAAUACAGAUAACAAGAGAUACAUACAUGAUAGAGGACAAGAGAAUGAAGCACCAUCCAACUCUUCCUGUAAUGCAGCUAACUCUGAAAAUCUGAAAGUAGAUCAGCUUCCACCAUCAGAGUCUAAUUGUGAUUCCCUGCUAGAUGCUCCCGAAAAUGAGAAGCAUCAUUCCAGGUCUUCCAGCUACCAUUCAGUAUCCAGUGGUGAUGUUUACUUGUCUGAUGUUGAAUACUUGAAUAUAUCAGAAAUUAGUCUACAAACAAAACCUUUGCAAGGGCCACCACCUUCAAGAUCUCCUCCUCAGCUAAUUAAGAAGCCAGAGCAUCUGGAAAAGGUACAUACAGAUUGCAGUUCUAAUACAGAAGAAGGAAGCUUGCUUAAACCCAAGCUAAAGUAUCAUAUGAAUUCCAGCUGUGGUGCUACUAAAAUCCAUGCAAUUGAUGAAUCUAUGGAAGGCAAUUCUUUUUGCAAUCAUAAUGACAUGGAUCUUAGUUCAGCUGCUGCUGCUUCUGUAGCUGCUGUAAAAGUUGCAAUGGAACAAGCUCAGGCUCAGUUAAAAAUUGCGAAGGAGUUGAUGGAUAGAAAACGGGAUAAGUAUAAGAGGAAGGUUGGCGAGCCUAAAGCUAUGACCUGUGAGGAUGAUGGAUCUGACCAUGAAGUAGAACUUAAAAGCUAUAGCAAAGUGAAAUAUCCUAACAACUUGCUCAAGAGGAUUAAUUCGAUUAAUGAAUGUACUUUCCUAGAAAGGGAAGAAAUCAGGAAUGCAGGGACAACUUUGAACCAUGAGAAGAAAGGGCGAUUUUCAACUUCUGGUGAGAACCAACCACAGGUUACUCCAGAUGAAAUAUCUGGUGAAUGGAAAACUGAAAAAAAUUAUUAUGAACUGAUAAGGAAUGGUAGUUUGUUGAGCGAGGAUAAAGAUAACUAUAUGCAUGAAAAUGAAAAGAAAGUAAAAGCAGCCAUGUAUGGAUGUCAGGAUAUAUACAAAGAUAGUAAAAAUGGUGAACAGUCUUUUGAAGUAUUAGAAAACCAGAAAUCAUCAGAAGCUAGUUGCAGUGUUGAAAAGUUAGAAAAUGAUCACAAUUUAUAUGGUGCUAAUAUGGAUUACAUAAAGGAGUCAAACAAGAAUGUUGUACAUGCAAUUAUGGAGGAUUUUCUACAUAAAGGAAGUGCAAGUAAACUUAAUGAUGCUUAUGGCUGUCAUCUGUUGGAUGAUACUCAGAAUGAAGGUGAUGUUCAUGAAGAUAAUGCCACUAAGGACAAUGACAACCCUUCCAAUUCUGCUGUGGGUUCUUGUUUGUCUAAAGAUAGUGAGGAGAUAUUCCAAGCUUCAAAUUCUAGAUUCGGGCUUGGGGUGGAUAAUGGUUUUUGUGAGGAAACAAAGUUCAAUGCUGCUGAAGAGAUCUUUAGAGAUGUGGGAAAUAAAGAGGAGAUUCAUGUGAGUCAUGUGAAUUUUGAACUAAAUAAAAGCCAUGAAGUCUUCAAAGAUGCAAAUGAAGCUGUUUUCCAGGGAAGAUCUGAUGAUGAAAUUAUGGUGUCUGAUGGGUUUUGCUCAAAUAAUACAACUGAAAAAAUUGAUGCAACGGAAGAAACUAAAAAAUUAAAUGAAAAUGAGUGCAUGAAAUAUCUAAUUUCUUCUAAUGCGUCUAUUUGCAUGGAUAAGGAUAAUAAUAACAUCGCGGAAAAUGAAGAGGUUAAUGGGUUACAAGCAAAUGAAGAAGGAUGCAUUUUUAAAAAAAAAGAGCUUGAACAGGAAGCAAUUCAUAAUGCCAAUGGGCUGGAAAAUGGAAAGGAAAUAAAAGAUGCUCGAAUCGAGCACCAGGAAGAUGAGUCAAUGGGAUCAGACAGGAACCAGGAGCUGCACAAUUUUGAAUUCUUGGCAGCAGCAGAAAAAGAUUGUACUGAGAAAGGAAGUGAGAACACCUUGGAUGUCCCUGUGGCUUGUAAUUUGGGGGGAAAUAAGUUCAUUUCAACUUCAACUAAGGAAUUCUGCCAACAGUGUGAGGAAUCAGCCCCAGAGACUAUUCUGUUAAGGAAGGAAGCUAAGUCACUAUCUAAAGCUCCGGAUAUAACAGAAGUUGGUCUUGCUGAGGUGGCUGAGAAUCAUAAACAUUCAAUUCAUAUAGAUGAAGAGGAAAAUAAAAAUGUACACAUAGAAAAAGAAAGUGACAAAGAGCGAGCUAUAAAAUUGGAAGAGAAGGAGCGAGAGAAAGAAAGAGAAAAAGAUAGGAUUGGUGUGGAAAGAGCAAAUCAUGAUGCCCAUCAAAGAGCACUUGCUGAAUCCAGGGAAAGAGCUGAAAGAAUUGCAGUAGAGAGGGUGACUGCCGAAGCACGACAACGUGCACUUGCUGAUGCCCGAGAGAAGGCAGGAAAAGCGGCUGAAGCUGAGAAGGCAUCUAGGGAAGCAAGAUUGAGAGCUGAGCGUGCUGCAGUUGAAAGAGCAACUGAAGAGGCCCGCAAGCGUGCUAUUGAGAAAGCACUUGCUGAGAAAGCUGCCGCUGAGGCAAGAAGCAGGAUGAGAAAAGGCAAUGCAACAGCAUAUUUUAAAGCUGAUCAUAUUAAGGAAGAUUCUGAGACAAGACGAAAAUCCUCAUGCGAAAUUCUGCAGAAUACACAUUCUCAGAGUUCUUGUUCUACCAAUGGCCAGAGAUAUUCAGAUUCUUGCGACAAUGUAGGUGGAAGUGAAUCGAAGUUGAGGUGCAAAGCAAGACAAGAGAGACAACAACGGACAGCUGAGCGUGCUGCUAAGGCACUUGCUGAAAAGAAUCUGCGUGAUUGUCUUGCUCAAAGAGAACAGGCAGAACGAGAUAGGUUCGCAGAAUCACUAGAUGCUGAGGUGAGGAGGUGGUCAAAUGGAAAAGAUGGGAAUUUGCGUGCAUUGUUGUCUACACUUCAAUAUAUCCUUGGAUCUGACAGUGGUUGGCAGCCAAUUCCUCUAACAGAUGUUUUAACUGCGGCUGCUGUGAAGAAAGCUUAUAGAAAGGCUACUUUAUGCGUUCAUCCAGAUAAACUGCAACAGCGGAGGGCCACCAUUCAACAGAAGUACAUUUGUGAAAAGGUGUUUGAUCUCCUUAAGGAAGCUUGGAACAAAUUCAACUCAGAGGAGCGAUAGCCGAAAAUCCUAACAAUUUAUUUAACUAUUAUUGAAGUUUUAGUGCAUGGGAAAUGUUGGAUCCUUAACUAACGUUCAUAUCAUUUGUUUAUGAAUAUUCUUUUCUCUUGUAUGUUUUGGUGAUACCAUUUAUAGAGUUGAGGACGAAGAGAAUACUAGUGGAAA